GAGAGCCCUGGGGGAGCCCAGCCCCUGCCGGGAGCCUCAGGACCCUGAGCUAUGGGAGGAACCUUGGCCAUGGCCUGGAUCUCUCUGCUAUUCUCACUCCUGACUGUCUACACAGGUUCUGGGGCCUCCAAUGUGCUGACUCAGCCACCUUCAGUGUCCAAAGGCCUGGGAGAGACGGCCUCCAUCUCCUGUACUGGGGAUGUAAUUAGUAAUGGAUAUGUACAGUGGUACCAGCAGAAAGCUGGCCAGACCCCUAAGUUGGUGAUUUACAAUACUAGUAACAGGCCCUCAGGGAUCCCUGACAGAUUCUCUGGCUCCAGCUCAGGGAACACAGCCACCCUGAGCAUCUCUGGGCUCCAGGCUGAGGAUGAGGCUGAUUAUUACUGUCAGGACUGGGAUGGUAGUGCUAAUGCGACCAAUUGGGUGUUCGGCGGAGGGACCGAGCUGACCGUGCUUGAUCAGCCCACGGUGGCCCCCAUCAUCAAUGUCUUUCCUCCAACCCAAGAAGAGCUAGCCACCAAUAGGGCCACCCUCGUGUGUCUGCUGAGUGGCUUCUACCCAAGAACAGUGGAGGUGGCAUGGACCAAGGAUGGCUCCCCCGUAUCUCAGGGUGUGGAGACCACCCCGCCAUUCCGCCAGAGUGACAGCAAGUACUCAGCCAGCAGUUACCUCUCACUCUCUGCUGACCAGUGGCUGUCAGCCAGCACCUUCACCUGCAAGGUCACGCAGGAUGGCAAGGUCAUCCAGAAGGAGAUCUCCUCAAGCCAGAGCACCUAGAUGCCCACAAUCCUUCCUGCACCCCUCCCUCUAUCCCCACACAUAGGCUUCCCCAGCUCAUCCUCCCCCUACCCUCUUCCAAUAAAGAUCUUGUCCUUUAUCAUUCAA